GGGUCCCCGCCGUGUCCCGGGGGGUGGCAGAUGCCGGGAGCCACAUCCUGCGGGGUGGGGAGGGGAAGAGGGGGACAGGAGGGUGUCCCUAUGGCCCCUCACCCCUGUCUGAGCCUGGGUGUCCCCUGAGUCCCAGCAGAACCCUCUUGGCUGUGGGAAUUUACCAUUUGGGGUUCAACACCCCAAUCUCCAUCCUCCCCCCGCACCGGGGGUGUUAAUCCCCAUUUCCCUGUUGAAGGAGAGGAAUCCCUUUCCAGGCGAGCCUGUGGAGGCUGCGGGAGAGGAGGAGGAGGCAGAGCCCUUUCAGGGAGGGAUUCAUCCUUUCGGUUUAUUUUGGGCUGACUGUGCCCGGUGAUUCUGACCUGGGUCUCGCUGCCCCAGCCAGGUCAGGCAGAACCGGGGCAGGCAGGGUCCGCAGCCCCUUCCUCCGGCCCCGUUCGCCGCUUCCUCCCAUCCAAAGUCCUUCUCCGUUUCUGCUGACUUGGCCCCGGUGUGCGGAAACUCUCUCUUACGACAGACCCUCCCCGGACCCCGUCUUGUCCCGUCUCGGUUCUGCCGGACUCUCUGCCUGUCUGUCCCUGUUCGCCAUGCCGCAGUACCCCCCGCCCCGCUCCGGGUGCUUCCUGCUCCUCGUCCUGCUCCAGGUUCUGAGCUCCGUCCGGCUCUGCGAGGUCCCAGGGGAGGUGGUGGAGGGGCCAGUGCGGGCGCUGAGUUCCCGGCUGCUGGGGCUGCUGGGGGACCCAGCACAGGACCCCGACCCCAGCGUCUAUCUGGCCCUUCGCCUGGCGGCUGACCACGACCUGAGCAGGGAGAAGCAGUACCUGGGGCAGCUGCAGGACCUCUUCCAUCGCCGAUACAGCCAGAGCCUGCAGGCAGCUGGCCAGGCCCACGAUGCGCCCCAUGGCCACCCCGAGAAAGAUGCUGCAGGAACCGAGCACAGCACGUACGUGAGCACCAAGGUGGAGUGGCCGGAGACGGGGCGGCUGGCCCUGUACCUGCUGGGGCUGCGGGCCACUUGUCACCCACCCGACCAUGGCUCCCAGCGCUCCCUGGUGACCUGGCUGAAGUUCUACCUGGAGGAGGACUGGACAGGCUCCCGGCAUCACGGCCACCCCCUCACCAGUUACUACCAGUACAGCCUGGGCGUGCUGGCGCUCUGUGUCCACCACAAGCGGGUGCGGGAGGAGGUGAUCCGACGGCUCCUGGCUGCUGAGCACCACAGCAGCUUCAGCCACGCUGGUGGCAGAGCCACAGACACUGCGGCCGUGGCAGCGUUGGCCUUUGCCUGCCUGGAGCGGCAGCGGCUGGUAGGGACCCGGCUGGCAGGAGAGCUGCGAGCGGCCACACUCAGGAUCAGGAAGAGGAUGGUGGAGGAGCAGGACCCCGAUGGCUUCUUUGGCAACAUCUACAGCACCCCCUGGGCCAUGCAGGUCUUCAUUGCCACCAACACAUGUCGGGAGGAGCCGGCGUAUGGCCAGGCCAUGACUGCUGUGCUGGAGAACCUGGAGGCCUUCACCACCCCUGCCACCAUGGCCCAGGUCCUGCCAGUGCUGUACAGCCACUCCUACCUGGACAUUGCCUCCAUGUACUGCCAGGAGGAGCUGGACACCCUGAAGCCCUUCAGCCCCGAGCCACGAAUCGAGGUGCCAGGGAACAAGACAGUGGGGUUGGUGGUGGAAUGUCCCCUGCCACGGUGUCCCCAGCACCAGCUCUACAGUCAGUCAGUGUCAGUGCCUGCUGGUGCCUCUCUCCUUGAUGUCCUCAGAGCUGCCACUGAGCUUGUAUCCCACAACUUCACUUUUGACACAGAGGACACUCCCCAGGGCCCCUACCUGACCCAGGUUUUGGGGCUGAAGGCCCAGAAGCGGAGCUACUGGCAGCUACUCGCUGCCCCCAGCACCAGCCUGCAGAUGGGUGUUGCUGACUACAGACCUGAUGACGGGGAGACCCUCAUCCUGCGCCUCAGCGAGUGGUAGAGGGAGGGGGGACAGUGGCAAUGAACCCCCUGCCCGGGCACAGAA